UCGUAUCAAAAUCUAAAAUCCUAUUUUACAAUCAAAUCAAAAUCCAGAAAUCCGGUACACGGACAUCGACAGCAUUGCUCCAUGCCGUUCAUGUAGUUUCACUUUUCUAUUGAAAACCCCAAUAGGAAGAAGGGAACAGGAAAAUACAUAACCGAGAGCUCUUGACAGAGAUUCAUGGCUCAGGCUGAGUUGCGAGCACGGGAACGCUUCGUCUUUUGUUUGUGUUUCUAAAACAAACGGCUGCUUGUGCGUGUGAGAUGACGAGAACGAAGAGAAGAGGCACAUGGUGGACACGUUGCAGGUGAUCGCAGUGCCGAGAAAGUGUGCCACGUGGCACAACGUCCGGAAAGUAACAAUUGUGCCCGUUCUGUUUGUGAAGAAAUGCUUUGCUCCACUCUCACCGUCUGAACUUUCUCCUCUUCCGUCCUUUUCGUCUUUUGUUUGGAAGGAUGAGAGAAGAAGUUCAUACCAGUCUCUCUCUCUCUCUCAAACUGUAAAAGUAUCUCCCUCCCCUUACCUUUUCCCCGUCUUCCCCCUCUUGUCUCUCUUCCUCCUCCAUUCUCUCCCUCUCCCUUUCUGUGACUGGUGAUGCCCAGGACCAGUCAUUCAUGGCACAGUUGAAAAACAGAGAGAAGGCGUUGAAUCUGAAUUUCGGGAUCCCCAUAUCAAUGGCAGCUGCGUUACAGGACCUGCCGGCAACCGGAAAUGUUCAGCAGUACGACGAUUCCGAUCUCAAUCUCGUGAUGAGCACUGCGAUGCUGAGCGGGCCUCACAGCGGCCUUACCACGAACAACACCUUGACCAACUGGAGAAAGCGUGGGCGAGAGUCCGGUGAUUCGUUUCCUCCGGCGAGAGAGAAUCCGCCGUUGAUCAUGCCGAGCUCUUCGGCUGCUGGAACCAAGUUGUCUAUCUUAGGCGAGGCUGUCGCCGCCCCGAUUCAGCAGCCGCAACAGGAAAUCGAACGGUUCAUUGCACUUCAGACGGAAAGGGUGAGAUCAGACCUCGAGGAGAAGCAGAAGAGGCAAUCGAGGCGUCUCAUGGCGGUUUUGGAACGCACCAUCGUAAAGAAACUGAAGCAGAAAGAAGCGGAGAUAGAGAGCAUAGGAAAGGUCAACUGCGCCCUGGAAGAGAGAGUCAGGUCCCUAUGCAUCGAAAACCAGAUAUGGCAGAACCUCGCCAGGAGCAACGAGGCGACGGCCAACGCGCUGAGGAGCAACCUGGAGCAGGUCCUCGCCCAGGCCAACGAGGGCCACGGGGACAGCAAGGAAGACGCCUGUGCGGCCGAGUCCUGCUGCUGCAACAACAACAAAUCCGCGGAAGAAGAAGAUGACCAUCUUGCUGGAAACGGGGAGUGGAGGUGCCGGAACUGCGAGGAGAGCACGUCCAGCGUGCUUCUGCUGCCAUGCAGGCACCUCUGCCUCUGCAGCGGCUGCGCCGCUGCCUUCGACACCUGCCCAAUCUGUAAAUCCACCAAAACCGCCACCGUCCAGGUCUACUUAUCUUGAACCGCGGUACCAAACGCCACCACCUUCAUCACGGUCAUGAUGCACGGCAUAGGUAAUAGGAAAACAGAAGAACAAGGUAGAAAGAAAUAAAUAAAACUAAAGGAAAACGAAAGGAAGAAGAAAAAGAGAAAACUCAUUUGUUUCAUUCAUUAAAUUUCAUUUUCAGCUUCUUCUUCUGCUGUCAAAGGAAUGCUAAAGUUAUAGCACGGAACCACCUUUGUCGGUACAUUAUGGGAAAAGGCCAAUUCAGCCAUGGGGAUAUGAUUCUCUUUAGAAGAAGAGAAAGCUAAGGGGACACGACAAAUCCAUAUUGCAUGUUCUCCUCUUUAUUCCUUCUCCUUUGGGACUCGAAUUCUGGGGAGGUGCACUACUGACUCGUGACCAUGACCUGCCAUGGUUUUUUUUUGCUCCACUUGCAGCUACCUCUGACAAUGAAAGUUGAUCAUAAUAUACACUUAAAUAGUUAAGGAUUCGACGGUAAUCAUGUUUAUAAAGCAUAUACGCAUAAUAAACAUAUAGAACUGUUGUUUACUUUUGUUGAGUUUCAGUGGAGAUAGGAGUAUUUCAAUGGAGAUAAGAAUAUUUCGUGGAGGAUAGCCGAAGCUUCACUCAACUCCACGAUUCAAAACAGGAACUAAUCCACUCAGCUCUUGUCAUGAUCGUUGCUCCUACCUCCAAGAAGACCAUGCUGUUGAGUUAGGUGUAUUCGUAGAAGACAAAGCCAAUGGAUUAAAAUGAAUGUGCAUGUAAGUGGGCAAAUCAUGAGAUAUGACUGUUUGGUUCCUUCUGUACAAUUUUUAUGGUGGCAGUAUCUGCUGUCCUUUCUACUCGAUGCGUUUGUUCAUGUGAUGUUAAAAGU